GUGUUCCCAUUUGCCAUCUUUGCAUAUUUCUUCUUCACCAGACAAGCUUUAAACGCAUAAAGGGGCGGUGUUUUUAACAAAAGUUUCUCAGUAACCGCUUUUUAUCCAUUAUUUGUUCAAGAUUUCUCGUUCGAAAUAAAAUCAUUUAAUAACCAUAGGAGUGGAAAUACCUAUCGGCAGUAGAACUCAUUUCUAUAUCUUUUUAGUUCUUAGGAUGAUAGCCUUAACUGUCACAAUUCAGUGUCACUUUGUGGUAUCACGUGAACGUUACUGUCACAUGAUUAUCACUUGUUUGGGGUGGUAAGAUUUACUAGAAAACCCUGAUAUUUUAGUGUUUUUACAUUUUACGUAGCUUAAUUUUAUAAAUUAAAGCAAUGGGUGCUUCAGCAAUCCCAUUUAUUAUUUUCACCGUGAUAUGGGCUGGCGUUGGAGGCUUCCUGCCCAUGGUUGUUCCUAAAGGACCCAACAGGGGGAUAAUUCAAGUAAUUCUGAUACUAACAGGGGUGUGUUGCUGGUUGUUCUGGUUAUGCUGCUAUGUAGCUCAGAUGAACCCCCUGAUCGGGCCUAAGCUGGACAGGAAUACUGUGUUGGUGGUGGCUAAGCAAUGGGGGAUUGAAAUACUGAUUGUUUUUCACUUUCAGAGUGAUUUGACGAAAGCCUUCCCAGGUUACAAGCCAUGAACAGAUUCAAUUUAAUAGCUUUAAAAUUAUGUUUACGCAAUUUACAGUAUAAAUCAUUCAUGUACAUUGUCUACACUGUUAUAUUUUAUUUUAUAUUUAAUUUUAAUUAUACUUGCAGAAAAUAUAUUGAAUGUAUUAUUAGGAAGUAGAAAAUCAAGUGUAAAGUGUGACUCAAUCUUAUUUGUAAAUAUGAUUAAAUC